GGCUAGAUUUUAAGACACAACAAAAAGAACCUGUGUGCAGGGCCCUGCUCUGCUGCGCCGCACCGGGGGUCUGGCUCAGGGGAGCAGCGGCUAUCAGGAGUGCUCGUGUGCUCAUCCGGAUUCCGGGGGGAGGGGAGGCCACGAUCCUCUCCUCAUCCCUGGCCCCAUGUCAGCAGAGCUCUAACCUCGCUCUUCCUCCAGUCCCAGGAUAUUUUUAGCCACUAAGAAGGAUUAUCAGUCUGGCUCCCAGGUGGCAGGGGCAGGGCUGGGAGAGAGGCCAAGCUGGGGGCAGGGCGAGGCUGGGGGCGACAGAGAAUAAAAGCUGGCCGGACUGCCGCCUGCUGGGCAGUUCUCCAAGGGACCCCUCGGCUGUCUGGGCUCAGCCCAGCCUGAGCCCCUGGUAGCUCUCAGGGAAGGCCGAGAGGGGAGGUGAGGAGGCCUCCUGGAAGAGUCCCCCAGACCCUCCCAUAGGCCAGCGCGCCCCUCCUCUCCAGACUGCGCCUCACCCGCCCCAGCUGGCUGAGAUCUCCUCCUGUUGUCUUCUCAGCGCGCCUCUCCUGGGCUCCAUUCCCGCCCCACGUGGAAGGGGAUGUUAUUCCCACUGGACAGAUGAGAAAACUGAGGUACAGAGAAGGCAGCUCACCUGACCAAGAGCAUAGGAUUGGAUGUGGUCCAGCCUGACCCAGUGGCUGUGGCAGGACAGGUUCUGGUUGCCAGCCAACAACUCGUGGGCUGACCUUGAGGACCGGGAUGGCCUGGUCUACGCCCACCCCCGGGACUUACUGGCCGCCCUGCCCCUGGCGCUGGCCAUGGUGGUCCUGCGCUUCGCCUUCGAGAGAUGCAUCGCCCUGCCCCUGAGCCGGUGGAUGGGCGUGCGGGAUCAGGCCCGGAGGCCCAUGAAGCCCAAUGCAACCCUGGAAAAAUACUUCCUCAGGGAAAGCCAGAGGCCCAAAGAGCCGCAGAUGGCCCUCCUCGCUGCCCAGUGUGGCCUCACACUGCGACAGAUCCAACACUGGUUCCGCAGACGCCGGAACCAGAACCGGCCCAGCCUGACCAAGAAGUUCUGUGAGGCCAGCUGGAGGUUCGUCUUCUACCUGUGCUCCUUCGGUGGCGGCCUCUCCGUCCUCUACCACGAAUCAUGGCUGUGGACUCCAGUAAGGUGUUGGGACAAUUACCCCAAACAGCCCCUGAAGCCAGCCCUGUACUACUGGUACCUCCUGGAGCUGAGUUUCUACAUCUCGCUGCUGCUCACGCUGCCUUUCGACAUCAAGCGGAAGGAUUUCAAGGAACAGGUGGUGCACCACUUCGUGACCAUCACCUUGGUCACCUUCUCCUACAGCGCCAACCUGCUGCGCAUCGGCUCUCUGGUGCUGCUGCUGCACGACUGCGCAGACUACCUGCUGGAGGCCUGCAAGAUGUUCAACUACACGGAGUCGCGGAAGGUGUGCGACGCGCUCUUCCUGCUCUUCGCCCUGGUCUUCAUCUACACGCGCCUCGUGCUCUUCCCCACCCAGAUCCUCUACACGACGCUCUAUGAGUCCAUCACCGUCAUCCAGGCCCGCCCGUUCUUCGGCUAUUACUUCUUCAAUGCGCUCCUGAUGCUGCUGCAGCUGCUGCACGUGUUCUGGUCCUACCUCAUCGUCCGCAUGCUCUUCAGCUUCACCAACCAGGGCCAGAUGGAGAAGGAUGUUCGAAGCGACGUGGAGGAGCCAGACUCCAGCGACGGGGAGACAGACAAGGAGGAUCCACCGCUAAAGAACGGGGCAGCCCACGGGCCCAGGGAAACCUCCGCGGAUGGCCCUCGGAGCCGCACAGUUGGGCGGCUGGCCAAUGGGCACACGUCGGCCAUGUGACCUGACGAGGACAGGGCCUGGGGCAGCAGAGUCCGACAGCCCGGACAGGCAGUGCGACUGGACACGCGACCCUUGGGUUAGCCCCGCAGAAGCAGGGAAGGCCCCACCCCAGGUGGGGGUGAGGGCUGAUGAUCUGUCUCCAGCCCCUUCCUUCUGCCCCCCGUUCCUCUUUCCCUUGGGCACUAGACAGAAUCUGGGGCCCACAGCAAGAUGCUAGAACCCAAUGGAACUGCAUCCGGGCUCCAGCCUGGGGACUGAGGAGCCCUGGGCUGAAAGGGGUCCAAUAAAACUUGAAUGGAGCCAAAUUUUCUGCCUGAGCUUUUGCAUCCUGCAACAGCUCCUUGUCCAUCCCCACGGGCCCGCCGGGAGCCAGGACUCUGCUUACAGACCCCAGUGAUGGGGCACUCACUGGCACCCUGAGACAUGUGCCCACUCCUGGGGACCCAGCGGUGCCUGUGUCCAGCCCAGGCCUCAGCCUGCCUCCUCCCCCCGCCCCAGCUGCCCUUGGCCAGGUACUUCCCGAUGCAGCUUACGGGGAGAAGGUGCUGGGUUCAGACAGAUGGAGUCCCAGGCCCAAGGUCACACAGGCCAGAGGCCAAGCAGAGGCGGAGGGAGAUUCGUGCCUCUCCCUCGAGCAAGGCCAGCAGGCCCCACCCCGGAGACAGUGAAACGGGGCCCUGUAAGCUUCCCAGGGUCGACCUCAAUGAGAUCACAGUCUCCUUGGGAGCUGCGGGAAGGGCCCCUCAUAAGCUCAGAUGACCAGUCCCCACACCCAGAAGCAGUCAGAGAGGAAGAGUCUUGGAAAAGAGAAGAUAACAGAGGACGCGGGAGAGAGAAGGGGGCGGGGAAGGAGAGAGAGAAAACAGCCCAAGAGCGGCAGUUCUGAGCAGCAGCAGCGAGACGGAGGAGGAAAAGGAUUAAGGGGGUGGAGAAGCGAGAGGACAGCGUCCACACUGGGCAGACCCACAAGGGGGAGGCUCACCUUUUGUGACAGAGGGAACAGGAGGGAGAGAACAGAGGUGAGAGGACGGUGCUGGAGACAGGCAGCAGGCACGGGAGCAGCAGCUGCAGAGGAGAAAAGAUGGCACGAGAGUGAGAAAGCAGGAAAGAAAGGGGCGGGGGAGGCAAAGAGCUGCGGGAGAGGAGUCGGGUGAGAGCCGGGACUAGAGCCUGAGGAGGGUGAGAUGUCAGAAGGACGACGGUGGGAUAAGGGGAUAUUACAGCAGGAGAGAUGCCGGGAGGAGGUGGGAAGGUGAAUGUGCAACAGGUGGUUGGCCCGCAGGAGAACAACACCAACCGCCUUGAAGCAAAUGAAAGGAUGCCUGGCCUCGCUCAGGGAAAGCAAAAUGCGAGUCCAAGCUACUCGGGCUGGCUGUCCUGAGCGGGUGGGUACAUGGCGUGACGGCACCCCCUGUUGGUGAAGUUUGCAGGGACCCUGGGCCUGGCACCAGUGUAACCCCAGGAGGUGGAUUUAAUAAUAGCUGGUGGUGCAAAAGCAUCUCUUUACCCCUGAAGGCACUUCUAAGUGUCACUAGUGCGUCUACGGAUCAGCAAGAAAAACAGCCAGCCUAAAAAAAAAGAGCAAAAUACACAAUGAACAUUUACAAAAAAGAAGCCAAUAAAUGUAUGAAGACAUAAUCAGGGAAAUUCAAAGCAAGACUAUGAGACACCAUUUCACAUCCAUCAGUUGGCCAGCGUUAAAAAACUGGACAAAGCGGGCCUACCCUGGUGGCGCAGUGGUUGAGCGCUGCCCACAGCCUCUGCAGCACCGGUUCGAUCCCCGGCUGCCAGUGAGGGUCCCACAUGGCGCGACAGACCUCUCCUGCUGCGCCCGCUGCUCCCCUCAGCAGUGUAUUUCGUCAGUCUGCCUGUUCUGUUCCCCGCUCUGGUGAAUUCUCUCACCCUCCCACGCUUCUGACUGUACCCAGUGCUUGUAUAAAUAAAAUAAAAUCUUUUUUUAAAAAAGUUGGACAAAGCAAGUGUUGGAGAAGACAGGAAUCACUAAAAACCUCCCAAGUAUCGGGCGGAGUAUAAAUUGGCACAAACUGCAGAAAGCCGUUCAGGUGCAUAUAGCUUGUCGACCAUUUUAUAAAGUUCAAAAACAACCCAAAAUGAAUUGUUUAGGCAUGAAUGCUUAGCAGAACGACUUAAUAAAGAAAAGAUAAACACGAAAUUCAGAACAGUGAUACCGGGAGGCAGGUGACGGGCUCCAGGUAGAUAUAAAUGACUGACUGUCGUAGCUUCUGGGGUGGUGAGAUGGGGUAAUAGAUACUUAUUGACAAAUACAAUUUAAAAGUGAGCUGCAGAAAGGUGACCUACAAAUAGGAAAAAGCUAAUCCAUAGAAUGGGGACACUAUUGGCAAACCUUGUCCCUGAAAGGGCCAUCUACCCAGAAUAGACAAAGAACUAGAACUCGACAACCAACAACGAAAAAAAGGACAAAAGACUUGGCUCCACCUUUCUCGGAAGAAUAUAUACAAGAAGCCAACAGUGCAUGGAAAGCAACCAACAUCACUAACCCUAGCAAAACAGAACCCAAAACCACAACAGACCCCGCCGCAGGGAAGGCUGAGGCCAGAACAGAAGAGACGCGAACAGAGCGAUUUUUCAUAACAAGCCUUAAG